AUGGCCUCUCCCGAGGAUCAACGUAUCAGGGAUCUCUCGACCAUUCCCUCGACUGAGCCCCCCUCUUCUCGCGCCGACUCCUCCACACCCUCUUCUCCCUCCCCUCCUCGCCCUUCCUUUUCCUUCCGCCCCCUCCGCUGUCUCGGAGGGCAGUCCUGGCCAGGCUUGCUACGAUUGGUGCCAUUGUGGAAGCGCACCGCCUUCCAGCUCAAGACACUCAGGACUCGUAACGAUACUCGCCGAGGUCUUGAGGGCACUGGCAAUGAUGUCCUCUGGGACAUCAUGGGCAUCUGCAGUCAGAGGGAGGCUGUAGAAGAUGACCUUCCCUCGGAGGCAACGACUCCUGUUGCCUUCGAAGACACUGUGGGCGUCGCUGAAGAUGCGGAAGAAGAACGGGACUUCAGUGGUACCGAGUCAGAAGAGUCCUUGCCUGGCGCGUUGACCGUUUCUGCAUCGCCGCAGGUUAGGGAUCCGUCAGGAGUCUCAGGCCUCACCGUCUCAAUCUCAUCUCCAGAGUUCCUCCGCUCAAAGGUGAACGACAAGAUCAGGACCCAGCUCGCCUGGAGCCUGCCGCCGAUGAGCGACCUGGAAGAGAUUUUUGGCGAUCUGGCACAUCGAGCCAUGGGGCUAGGCCUGGAGAAGCUCAUCGGAAAGCUGAACGGCCGUCCUCUUAGAGUCGGGACUAUGUGCUCGGGCACCGAAUGCCCGUUGUUGGCUCUAGAGAUGAUCGCGACGACUGUGAAAUCGUUCCGUUCAAGCAGAGCUACAUCCAGAGGAACUUUGAGCCCCCCCCUUCUGUUCCGCGACAUGGAGCAGAUGACAGGAAACGAGGCUCAAACGGUAUUUGGAUCCUGGGAACGAAUCCCAGAUGAUCUAGAUCUGGUUAUCGCUGGGACCGCGUGCGUCGACUAUUCCCUGCUGAACGAGAAUCGCAAGACGCGUGAGGAAAUGGGCGAAUCCGGCGCCACGAUCCACGCGAUGUUCGAGUUCGCACGGAAGUAUCGACCACGUGCGAUCAUCCUAGAGAAUGUUCUUGGGGCUCCAUGGUCAGACAUAAAGAAUGACUGGGAAAAUAACGGAUACCACGCCGCGUACUCAAAGAUGGACAGCAAAGCCUACUACAUCCCGCAAACCAGAAAUCGGGUGUACAUGGUCUGCAUCGAAAAGUCGUGGCUGGCACAAUCCGGGGUCUCUGGUGAAGAAAUCAUCUCACGACACCAGGCGACAGUGGAAAAGCUCAAGAGGCCCGCGAGUUCUCCUGCAAGCGCACAUCUGCUGCCAGAGGAUGACCGGAGGUUGGAGCAGAUCGAAAGGAAUCUCUCCCUCAGCUUGGAAGCUAGCUCGUCAAGAGCCGAAGUGUCAUGGGACCGGUAUAAGGAGCGCCACGCUGACGAGCGUUUCCGAUGCAAGACCGGACCACUGCGACCCAUCAGUCGUUCUACCGCUGGCCAGGCUAGCUGUACCCCACCAGACAAUUUCUGGCAACAAUACUUCAAGUUCAAUCCUGAGAGAAUCUGGGAAACACUCGAUAUUAGAUAUCUGGCCGGGCUGGCCGAUGCUGUGGAUAUCCUAUACAAAGAGUGGUACAUAGAUUUGUCACAGGGCGUCGACCGCGGCAACCAAACAAUCGCCUCUCUAGGGAUAGCUGGGUGUCUGACCCCAAUGGGGCAGCCUUUCUCUACUCUUCGAGGAGGCCCAAUAACGGGUCUUGAGUCUCUCUCGUUGCAAGGUCUUCCGAUUAGCCAACUAACACUGGCCCGAGAGUCCCAGCGAGAACUCCAAGACCUUGCUGGAAACGCCAUGACAUCGACCACCGUUGGUGCAGUCGAGCUCUCCCUCCUGAGUGCACUGGCCGACGCAGUGAAGCAAGAGCCGGAAACACCAGAUCAUCCCGUCGAAGAGCUGUUCGCACUGGAGACAGGCUACAGGCUUGAGCGCACCGGAAUUGAAGCUUCUCAUGCGUUCACACCUGAUGCGAUCGCCAAACGCAAUCCUGACAGUGAUUGCCUCGCAGCAAUAAUGGCCGACGCAAGGCGCAGUGCCCGCUACUGCCUGUGCGAGAAGCAGUCACUUAAUGCGAAGAGCCUGAAGGUGUUUGACAACCGUCGUCCACCAUUGGAAUUCGUUACUCUGUUGAAAAAGAUCUUGCCCAUGCGUCUCAAGAUACAUGGCCUUAGGAGCAACGUCUUCGAUCGUUAUGAAUACCUCGUUGACCAGUGUGUGUCUCUUGAUCCGAACGAAGCAGGGAGUACCGAAAAGACAUGGUCAGAUUUCCUUAGCUGCGUGAAUGAUGCAGCCAAUGAAGAGGUUCGCUUCUUCGACAUCAAACGCAGAAAAGUUUGGACAGUUAUUUAUGAGGGUGAUCAUUCGAGUCUACAUCUCGAAAUCAGCAGCGCAAAUGUGCAGUGGCUAUGGGUUCGGGAAGAAAAAAUCGAUUCCCUGGAAGCAAAGCUACAGAUCGAACAAGAGCCCUUUCCCAAGUCGCAAGUGUGGGAGAGACUGAAAGUCACACUUGAUGGAGCCCCCGUGAAUGAGCAUGAAAAUGAUUUGCAAGGUCUCUAUGAGUAUCUCCCGGAAUGUGGCACUGCUUACGGGUCCUUGUACAGGAAGGAAGGGAUUGGCAACCUGCCCCCAGUUUACCUAUUCCUUGACCCCGGAAAACAUACACACAUCCAAGACGACUUUUACGUCUUUGCACUCGACCACGAAAGAAUUCCUGGGAACGAGAUAAGACUCACGCUUGCGGAAGUCGAGCAUACAUGGGGUGCACAGAUGUACCCCUCGACAAACCCAGUGGGCAAUAACGUCCAGCGUGCUGUGGAUUUGAGUGUCCCUGAUACCCCCGAUGCUCUAAGUGUCCCUGAUCUCCCUGAUGAAGAAGAGCCACCGGCCAUAGAGAAGAAAAUUUCCGAACGAAAACCCACGGAAAUCUAUCGUUACUUCUCGGAACAAGUGAAGGCCUAUUCUCGCCACAUUGUUGAUGUUCCCGGCAUGUGGUUGAGUGCCCAUGAAAGUAACGACGUUUCUCACAUGGUAUUGGACGACAAAACUGUGGUUUCAUUGAAAACCGAUGGAUGCCAGGAGAGUUACAUCCCUCUGAUUUCCAUUUCCGCUAUGUGUAAUACUCUUGGUCUCCCCCAAGAGUGUAUGGAUUGGAAACACGUCAACCCUCAGAAGCGCUCGGCGGCAUUGAGCAAACUUUCAUGGAUCACGCAAAAGGUCGGCAUGCUACCUCAGUUUGAAGACUGGAGGGACAUUGCUAUCCCAGUCGAGUCAAAGAAAAAUAAUUGCGCAUGUUUCGCUUGCAAACCACUUCCUCCCAAAGUCAAGUGGCUUCCGACAGCAAAAACGACUCUCCGAAUUCCUUGGGAAGAUCCUAAGAGCGCAGCAGACUUCGAGAAAGCAGUAAAGCUGAAGCCUCCUCCGUUUUUGCUCUUCCAGCGGGUUGAUCAUCGAGAGAAUGCAGAAAUAAAGAUCGCAUUGAACCUCCAAGCAAUGGCUCAUCGGGCGGCUGGGAAGCUGGCCGAUAUUCCCAAGGAUUCGGACGUUCGGCUAGAAUGGCGAUUAUUAUCAUCGACCCACACAACGUACGCUAGGGAGGCUGUGUCAAAGGGAUUCACUCUCCUGAGCAACAAGGAGAGUGAAAGCCUGGCCGAUAACCCACCUCACUGGGUAGAAGACGUUUCACUUCGACUGCAAGCCAACCAACGCCGAUCCUUAGCAUGGAUGAUAGCUCAAGAGGCCGAUGAUAUCGAGCCUCUUGUGGAAUUUGAAGUGGAGGAGGCCAUGAUACCAGAAAUGGCCUGGCGAUCGGAAGUUCGUGCCUCAAUCCCACGAACGAUUCGUGGGGGACUCGUCGCCGACACCCCUGGUUAUGGGAAGACUGCGCUUGCAUUGGCCAUUAUAGACGCUCAGCACGAGAAAGAUAUGGUACGACUUACUCUCAGGGACCAGGAGGAGCUUGAAGAACGCGUUCACGUCAGGGCAACCCUCCUGCUGGUACCCAAGCACAUCUUUGGGCAAUGGACAGAGGAAAUGAAAAAGUUCCUCAAGCCAGGGCUCAAGAUCCUCAAAACCGAUAAGCCGGAUGAGGUCUACAAAUGGACGGUUUCUUCGUACCUGAAAAACCCGCAAGACUUUACCUGCAGCCCAAAAGCUCCAGAGACCACUCCUCGAAUGAUGACCGAUUGGUUUGAGAAUGCCAAAAAGGACUUGGAGUCGUCAAUCCCUCUUUUGAGGGAUCGUGGCCUGGAGGCCUGGAGGGCUGCGGCGCGGAAGAAGUUUGGUAAGAUGCCGGAGAACGAAGGGGAGGCGUUGGGCCUUGUGCCCUCGAAGCGACUGCGUGGCAAGCAGUUCGCCCAAGCAAGGCUGUUGAAAUCGCAAAUUGAAUCCAAAGCGGUUGAAAAGAAACCGGAAAGCGAGACUGAAAUAAAGGCGAGGAAAGAGCAAGAGGUAAGGGAGCGGGAGAAGGCCAUCGAGGAGGAGGUGACGAAGAUCAUCAAGAAAAUCCUCCAUCUCGGUCGGAAUACCACUAUCCCCUCCAGAGACAUCGCCUUUGACAACAUGCGAGUGCCUUUGCAAGCCUAUCAUUUCAACCGCAUGAUAGUCGAUGAGUACAAUUACCUGGAAGAGGAGAGAAGAUUUGCCCUACAAGCGCUCUCAGCACGCUCCAAAUGGAUUCUGUCCGGAACACCCGGCCUGACCAACUUUUCCAAUGUCAACAGCAUUGCACGCCUCCUUGGGGCCAAUCUGGGUGUAGACGAUGAAGAUCGUCCAAAGAAGCGAAACAAGGCAUGGACGCCUGUUGAAGAGUUUAACAUGGUACAAGCCCACCACAGUGACGCAUGGCAUGAGAGUCGCCAUUGUCACGCCCAGGAAUUCCUUGAUCGCUUCUGUCGUCAGAACCAUCCUGACAGCGAGAGGAUCCCAGUUGCUAGCGAGGUGGUUCUCUGUUCGCAGCUCGAUAAAGAGAAAGAGGUCUACCAAAGACUGGCAAAGCACUUCGUUGACCAACAAGGGCAGAUGGGCAAGAUUACCACAGACCGCUAUGACGGUGUUGUCGACAUCAUGAACAAGAUUAUUGGUGUUUGUCAGACGGAGGGGCCUGUUGGAGCUCUCGUGAGAACCUCAAUUACAACCGAGGCAGAUACUUCAUUGCUCUCACUUGGGAGUUGCCAGAAAGAACUCAAGAAUCGAGAGAGGCAAUUCCUUACUGCGCUGGAGACAAAGGCGGGACCACUUUUCAAACAGAAAUAUCUAAUGUCACAGACAAGGACAGAUGCUUCUCGCGAUAACGAGGGGUGGGUGAAGCUGAUGAAUGUCGCAAAAAUGGAUAUUGGAGACCAUAUCCUCUCGGAAGUCGUCCAACGGUUUGACAAACUUGUCAUACCAGAAGCUAUGAAUGAUGUCAUGGUUGAGAAAUAUGACCAUCAGGACCUCCAUAAGGAUAUUGGAGACGAGUUCGCUGAGCGUUUGACACCACGCAAAAGACCUGAGUUUGACGACAUUGCCGAAAGAAUUGAAAAACGAUUCCGCAAAAGGGCACAUGGAGGGCCCAUCUCAGCAAUCCGCCCUCCCAAGAGGACCAAACACACACAUGACGAGGAUACAAGCCAGACGACUGGUCAAAGUCCACAAGCUCCGUGUUCCUCGGCGACAGCACCACAAGACAGAGUUCUAGCAAGCCAGGGUGAUGACGAUCCGGCAGAGCGGUCGGCGAAAGCCAAAGAAGUGUUCGAAGGACUGAAGCUUGAGAUUGAGAGAGUCUUGAGAUCCAAUGUGAUCGGACCUUGGCGCCGUUUCCAAUUCCAGCGAUCAUUGGUGAGGCUACUAAGAGGAUAUCCAAAUGCCUUGGUCUGCACGAGCUGCCGGAGAAGAAAGACGAGUGUUAAGGAAAUGGUCAUCGUCGAAAACUGCGGGCAUAUUCUUUGCCAGUCCUGUAAAGCUGUGGGGCUUAGCGGAACUCAGAUCAACUGCCGCGUCGUGGGAUGCAGUGGCACAGAGCACGAGACCAGAACCAAGUAUGGCAGUGACCUUAGUAUCAAGUCCUAUGAGGGAAGCGCAAAGCUAGACAAGUUGAUCGAAAUGGUCCACAGAAUUCCUGCGAAGGAGUGCGUCCUGAUCUUCGUACCUUUCGCAGACCUGAUUCCUAUUGUGGAAGAACACCUUACUCAUUCCAAAAUCUCAUGUCGCACCACUUCUUCGAAGAACGGAAGCGAUGAAUUCGCUCAGCAGAGGAUAAUAUCGGAAACCUCGGAAACAACAGCACGGGCAGCUACUUCUACAAGCAAGAAACCCCAAGCAGAACUUGACGAUGGUAAUGGUGAAGAUGCCCUCGUGUAUGGAUACAAGAUCCAUGAUGACAUCCUCCCUGCCGCCACCGACAAACAGCCUCAGAUUCCACCCGGAUCAGACGACGCCCAACAGAUCAACAAGCAUGACGGUUCGAAGAAAGCCCUUAUCAAGGCUCUAAUCCUCCCUCUCGGAGGUGUGGAGGCAUCUGGACUAAACCUUCAAAUUGCCAACCAUUGCAUUUUCCUCGGUCCACUGGCGGUCGAUGACGAGGCAGAAUAUGAGGCCGGCAUGAAGCAAGCAAUCGGCCGCUUGCGGCGCCAUGGACAGAACAAGGACGUCCACGCCUACUACGUAGCGUCCAAGCAUACAGUGGAUGUCAAUAUCCUCGAGCAACGCAUGGGCGAAGGUGGCGUCUUGGUGGAGCGGGAUGGACAGGCCGAGUUCAUCAAGGCAGAUCAAAUUCUGCCUAAGGAUGAGCGCUGUGCAGGAGGGUCUCUGGAAGGCAUAUUUUGA